UAAUCCUCAGUUACAUUACAAUCUCUCUCUCUCUCAGAUCUUCAUCUUCCUUGCUUUCUCCAGUCUCCUGUUUCUUCGUUUUAACAUAAUUAUUGAAAUGGAAUUGAAGAAUAUUGUUUCAAUGGUUUCUCGCAGCGGCCGCCAGUUGCAGCGGUACAAUCAAGGCCAACGUCAAGUCGUUGGAUGUAUACCUUACAGAUUCAAAGGUAGCAAAAUGGGAUCAGAUGUGAAUUUAGAAGAUGCAUUAGAAGUUCUUGUGAUCAGUGCACAAAGAAAAGGCAAAGGAAUGUUGUUCCCUAAGGGUGGUUGGGAAUCCGAUGAAUCGAUCAAAGAAGCCGCUCUAAGGGAAUCGGUAGAGGAAGCUGGAGUGUUUGGAACAGUUGAGGGGGCAUUGGGUACAUGGUGCUUUAAAAGCAAAGGCAAUGAUUCAUACUAUGAAGGGCAUAUGUUUCCAUUACUUGUUGAGGAGCAACUCGAAUUUUGGCCCGAGAAAAACAUUCGUCAAAGACAUUGGGUCAGUGUUCCUAAAGCUAAAGAAGUUUGUCAAUAUUCUUGGAUGAAGGAAGCAUUGGAUUUGUUGGUGACGAGACUCGAGUCGAGUCCUUCAUGUGACUUAUGAACUUGACACACCGACUUGUAAAUACGAUGAGUUUUUGUUAAGAUUAUUCGAUUGACAUCUUGAAAGAUUUCAAGAUAUUUGAUCAAUCAACAACAAAAUCAUGCUAAUUUGAUACGCCUUGAGGUUUUUGUACACGAAGAUUUUGUAUCUACGCGGACAAGGACAUCGAUUGCGAUAGCAAAAAGGGAAGGAAUUUUUGAAAAGGGGUUUUGAGGAUCACUAACAAAUAACUUUCUUUUCCUUUUGGAAAUCAUACUUCAAUAGGGUUGUUGUAUACUUUUUUUAUUCAUUUAUUUUAUAUUUAUAUAUGUACAAUUUUGAUCAUCAUAAUGGAAGUAUGAUUCGUUUUA